AUGGGCGAUCUGGGCAACAACAACAACAUGGUAGCUGAGAUGCAGCAGCUUCGGAAACAACCUGUGAUUGCUCCUCCAACCAUUCAGAGACAGGAUUUUGAGGAGUUUUGCAGCACGAUUGGAUAUAAUGGGAUACCAACCGAUUUCUUGAAGUGCAAACUUUUCCCGUUCUCACUUGCGGAUAAAGCUUCGCGCUGGCUGAAGUCAUUGCCACCUGGGUCAUUGACUACUUGGAUAGAGUGCAGAUCAGCAUUUUUGGAAAAUUUUUGCACUAAAUCCAAAACUACAGCUCUAAAGAACAAGAUUUCUUCGUUCAAACAGCAACCUGGUGAAGCUUUCUGCAAAGCUUGGGAGAGGUACAAGGAGUACCCAAGAGAGUGCCCUCACCAUGGGUUCUCUGAUGAGCAGAUUCUGGCAACUUUUUAUGAUGGUGUCAAUUGGGAUUACAAAAACGCUCUGAAUGCAGCUAGCAAUGGCAAUUUCAUGACUAAAUCCAAAGCAGGUGCUUAUGAGUUGAUUGAGAACUUAGCUGCAAAUUCCAGCAACAAAUCCCCAAGAAAUCGAAACUUUGGCAACUUUAGGAGUCAUCCGAAUCUGUCCUACAGAAGCAACAAUGUUGAUAAUCCUCAUGAGCAGGUCUAUCCGCAGCAGGGAGUGCAGAAUCAGUCAGGUUUUCAAAAGAACUUCUCAAGCAAUUUCCAGAGGAAGCAGUUCAUCACCAAUCAGAACCGCUUCCAAGGUGGAAACCAGCAGAAGUUACCUUUCACCAACUCACAGCCAUCUUCGAGUUCCCCAAACAACUCGCAGGAUGAGCUGAAAAAUAUGAUGCAACAGCUUGUUGGCAAGUAUGAAACAGUGUUGACUCAUGUGAAGAAGCUGGAUGUUCAAGUAGCUCAGACUGCUGAAGCUGUGAAGAGACCACCUGGAACUCUUCCUAGAAAAGAUGAGACGAUGGAGCACCCUGAGCCGACGAUAGAGCACCUGCUCAAGCGAACUGUUCCAGCAAAUAUUCCUGCGCGAGUUUAUACGCCUAAGGUACCUUAUCCAGUUCCACCUAAGAAGUCCCAGAAGGACUUAGAGGAGGCAAAGUGUAAGAAGAUGUUGAAGGAUUUGACUGUGAAAUUUCCUCUAGCUGAUGCUGUCUAG